GGCAACCGGUAUCGUAUUUCCUCCUUUCAAGCACUCUGCUCCGGUUAUGGAAGCUGAGAAGAUGGACGAGAAUGAAUGGGAUUACCACGGAGAGGGGAACAAAAGCCUAAUUGUUUCUCAUAGUCAGAGGUGUGUGGUCCUACGAUUUUUGAAGUUUCUACCACACAGAAAUCUGACUGCAGAGGAAGUCUAUCAGCAUUUGCACAAUAUUCUAGACUUUGGGAAGCAUGUCAUGAAACAGUUUCUUGGAGAAAGCAAUGUUCACCAUGGAGAUGUGGUUAAAUUACCUUUAGAAUUUCUGAAACAUCUGUGUUUAAAGGUCCAGUCAGAGAGACCAGAAUCCCGGUGUGAAAAAGAGAUGGAUAUUAGUGGUUAUGCCAUGUGCCUUCCUAACCUUACCCGGCUCCAGACCUUCCCAUUUAUAGAGCACAGUCCCAUAUUCUGCAUAGAGAUUAAGCCCAAAUGUGGUUUUAUCCCAUCUUCUGCUUACACCACUAAGGAGAUCAAGAAGAAGGUGUGUCGGUUUUGUAUGCACCAACAUCUAAAGGUUUCAAAAGGAAAAUGGAAGAGGAUUAGCAAAUACUGCCCACUGGAUCUCUUCUCUGGACAUAAGCAAAGGAUGCAUUUUGCAUUGAUGAGUAUACUUCAGGAUUCUCAAAACAACUUAAAAAUAUUUAAGAAUGGCACAUUAAUUUAUGGUUGUCGGGAUGACCAAGAAUAUCUCUCAGACUUAAAUGAGCUUGCCCAUCACCUGAAGCCAUUUUUCUUCCCAGCAAAUGGACUGGUUGCGGGACCUCAGUGCAUGAAAAUCAUCCUAAAAGAACUUGUACAUGUACUGACAAAUACACUGCUGAGCACUAGUGCUGACACUGGAAGAGCAGGGAACAUUACAUCUGUUCCAGUGUCACAGACUAGGAAUUACUGUGAAGCCAGCUGCUUCUGUACAGAGUUCCUCAGAAAUGGUAAACACAAUGUGGAGACCACAGGAUUACCUAAAGGUUGUAUUUUAUACAAGACCCUCCAGACCCAGAUGUUGGACAUGUUGGACAUUGAAGGACUGUAUCCACUCUACAAAAGAGUAGAGAAAUAUUUGGAGGAAUGUCCAGAAGAGAGAAGCACUCUGCUGUUGGAUGGACCUUAUGAUGAAACAUUUUUUGGAAAGCUUAAGGAUUUAUCUGUAGAAGACAAUGGCACUAUAGAGUAUGCAGUGACUAAGAUUCAACAAUACAGAGUGGCCAUGACAGCCAAGGAUUGCUCCAUAAUGGUUGCCCUUUCCCCCACAAUGCCGGAAGAUCGCUUUGACUCAAGACCAGUUAUGAAGACCUCAAGAUCAAGUUUCCUGUAUUCAGUUUCCAUCCUCGACUUAGACCUGAAGCCUUAUGAAAACAUACCAUACCAAUACAAGCGAGACUGUAAAAUUGUUAGCCACUACUUGAAAAGUAACCAGACUCAAGAUGAGCCAACUACAUCACUUAUCUACCGGGAAAGUGAGGACUGCACUCUGCUUCUGCAUAAAGUAUAGUUAAUAAAUGGCCUUUUUUGAGCUGUGAUGGGGUAUUAA